CCCGGCAGGCACUCAUUCAGGAGCGAGCGAGCGAGCGAUGCAGGCACUAGCACGAGCGGCGCGGGGGUUCUGGCCGGCGGCGGCCGCGGCCGCGGGGAGGGGGAACCGCGGGCAGGUGCAGCCGUCCCGGGGGAUCGUGGUGCAUGUGAGGGAUGGCAACCUGGAGCGCGCGCUCCAGGUGAUGGAGCGCAAGAUGCGGUCCAGCGGCAUCGAGCGGCUCAUCAAGCGCCGGACGGAGCACCACGUCAAGAACUCCGAGAAGCGCGUGCUCGCGCGCAAGGCUCUCAUGGCGCGCGUCCGCUCCCAGGAGCUCGGCAAGAAUCUCCGCGAUAUCCUCAUCAAGAAGAUCAGGGGUCAGUAAGGGCAUCUCUCAAUGGGCAGCAUUUCAGCGACAUUCGACGGUACUACAGCAGGGUUACAAUGCUAUUUCUUCGUGGGUGCAUCAUGUUGAACAUGUAAUCAAUCUUCAUGGUGGAAUUUAGUAAUUGAACUGACUAUUUUCUUUUUCCAACUAUGGAUCUGUUUAGAGCUGCGUUGAUAAAUGCUCACAUGUGUGCCAGGAAUCUGUUCAUUUCUUGGAUCACACACAAGUUUGCGAUAAAUUAUUGAGGAAUUUUUGUGGUA